AUGCUCUUCGUCCCGCGCCAGGUAGCACUCGCCUCCCUACCCUCCACCCCCGCCGCCGCCGCCGCCAUGGCCAAGGAGGAGGCCAAGAAGGAGAAGAAGAGCAAGAGCAAGGGGGCCGCCGCCAAGGCCUCCCCCGCCCCCAACGCGCGGGUCCUGGCCGCCGUCGCCGCCUUCCUCGAGGCCAGCGGCCUCCCCCGCACGCUCGCCGCCCUCCAGUCCGAGGCCAACCUCGAGGGAGAUGCUUGGAGGUCGUCGCCGGUGAACCUGGAGGACGCGGUCUCCAAGUUGUUGGAAUCAAGCACUUCUGCUCCAGGAGCUGACAUUGCUGCGGGCAAUGAGCAAGAGAAAACAGAUGAUGCCGUAGCAGAAGAGAAAGGUGCGGGCAAGAAAAAGAAGAACAAGAAAGGCGGUGCUGAAGGUCAUGAGUCCGAGGGUAAGCCAAGUGAGCCCUCUGCCCCUGAAAAGCCCAGCGAGAAGGCGGAUGAUGAGACGAAAGAAAAGAAACGGAAGAAGAAGAAGGAUAGCUCAUCAGCGGGGGAUGAUGGCGAGGCAAAUGCAGUAGUGAAGACUGAUGAUCAGAAGGCUGAUGGCAAGAAAAAGAAAAGCAAGAAACAGGAAAACGAUGAGGAUGUUGAAGCUAGGCUGGAAAAGGUGGAAUUAGCAGUAAAAGCCAAGUUUGAGGCGGCGGGGAAACUCAAGGUUGAUGACAAGAAAUCUGGUGAGGAUGAACCUAAGACUCAGAAUGAUGAGGCUAACGAGAACGAUUUGAGUGAUGGUGCUCCUCUGGACAAGGGGAAGAAAAAGAAGAAGAGUAAAUCAACUUCGGAGACCUCAGAUAAGACUGAUGCAGGAACUGCACCUGCUGAGGCCGAGGUGAAAUCUAAUGGUGCCAGUGAAAAUAGUGAUGCUGUAGGAGAAGGGAAAGAAGUUAAUGAGAAGAAAAGUAAAAAGAAGAAAAAGAAGUCAGGUUCUGAAGAAAAUGUUCAGGUAGAAGAUAAACAAGUUGCAGGGAAAGAUCCCAAACCAGAUGAUGAAAACAAGACUGCGAUGGACAUUGAGAAUGGAGAAGAUGGAAAGGCUUCAGCUGAUGAUGCAGUUGUUAGCAAGAAAAGGAAACUGCAAGAAGUUGAAGGAAGCGAACCCCCUGCCAAAGAAGAUAUCACUGCCACCGAAGAUGAUGUGAAGGAGCCCAGCACUGCAUCGAAAUCAAAUAAACGGCAGAAACUUUCUGAGCCUAAAAUUGCAUUCCAACGGGUAAAGACUGAAGGUAUUAAAUUUGCUGAUGAAAGACUACAAGAUAAUUCAUAUUGGGCCAAGGGUGGUGCCGACUCUGGGUACGGUGCAAAGGCACAGGAGAUUCUUGGACAAGUUAGAGGAAGGGAUUUUAGGCACGAGAAGACCAAGAAGAAGCGCGGAACCUACAAGGGCGGGUUCAUUGAUCUACAAACCCACUCGAUUAAGUUUAACAAUUCAGAUGACGAGUAA